CAGAUUUCAGCAUGGUUUUCAGAGCAGCUCAAGUUUGCCACUGGUCGACUUUCUCAGCAGGUAAGGUGGCCGUCAUGUCAAAAGUUAAAGGGAAGAAAACUGAGUCUUCAUCACACACUAUACAGCCCAAACCCACCGAGGAAAACAAUACAGCAAAAAAGAAAAAGAAAUUCAGGAAAAAGGAAAAGUUUCAAAAGACAAAGCCUGAAACCAAACCAAAUGACAAAGUAAAACCUAAAAAUAAACAGACAUUACCACCGGUAGAUACCCAGCAGUUCUCUACAAACUGGAAAUCAUUACAAGAGGUGUUAAAGGCCACCCAGCCAGAGAAGAAGCAACCAGUGAAGACAGAGCAUCACAAUGGCACGCCACCUGCUAAACAGUCUACGAAAAAUAUAUCUAAGAACAGUGGUGGACCCAGGUAUAAAGAUACAGAGAAAACUGAUAAGACUGUUUGUGACAACGCUGCCUCUAAAAACUCCCAUCUGAAUGAGAAGAGCUCAUCCUCAUCUUCCACGGCUCCAAAAAGGAAAAAGGACAGUGAGAAGAAGUCAAGCAGUGACCAAGAAGCUAAGAAAAAGAAACCGACUGUCGAAAAAACCAAACCUACAGAAGAGGACAUUUGGUUUGAUGAUGUAGAUCCUGAUGAUAUCGAGGCAACGGUGGGAACUGAGGCAGCGGAGAUCAUGAGGAAGAAGCAAGGUAUAAAGAAGAACAAUGAUGUGGAGAGCGUACUGGUCAAGGAGAGAGCUUUUGCGGGCCUCACCAGAGCUGUGGCCAUUGACUGUGAGAUGGUGGGAGUCGGUCCUGAUGGAGAAGACAGCAUCUUGGCGCGUGUGUCUCUUGUGAACCAGUUUGGGAAAUGCAUCUAUGACAAAUAUGUGAAACCCACAGAAAAAGUGACCGACUACAGAACGGCCGUCAGUGGCAUCCGGCCACAUGACAUCAAAGACGGAGAGGAUCUACGGACGGUGCAGAGAGAAGUCGCUGAGAUCCUUCAGGGGAGAAUAGUGGUUGGACACGCUAUUCACAAUGAUUUAAAGAUUCUACUUUUGGAUCAUCCCAAAAAGAAAAUCCGUGAUACCCAGAAGUAUAAACCCUUUAGGAAAAUUGCAAAGAGCAGUCGACCUGCACUGAGAGUGCUCUGCAGAGAAGUGCUCAACAUUAAGGUCCAACAGGGUGAACACUCUUCCGUCCAAGAUGCUCAGGCCACAAUGAGGCUGUACACAUUGGUGAAAAAAAAGUGGGAAGCAGAGAUUAAAGGAAGCCAAAAGAACAAAGACUCACACAACAGGAGUGAGAGAAAGCCCAUGUCUGCCAAAAACAAGGGCAAGAAUCUCCUGGGAUUAUGAUUCCAAACCAAUCUGCCAGAGGACAGAUCAUUGGUGGAUCAGAACAGACCUGACUGAAAUGAUCAGAAGUUUGGGUUUGUUUGCAGAAAACAAAGACAGUCAAGUAACAGAUGUUUGAGCACUCAUGACACUAUGAAAGUGCAGCAGGCUUUUGUCUUUCUCUGCUUUCUGUGAAGUGAGGAAAACAGUCCACCAGCAAGACAAAUGAAAAUCAGAGGGUUAUAAUAACAUUUUUUUGUCCCGAAUCAUUCAGACAGGGAAUUUAAGGAUGUUUUUACUGGUCUGUUAAUGUGAUCACAAGGCCAGGAGUCUUCUGUCUGAAUAUCUUGAGACGACAGAGGCAGGUGUUGAAAUGCUGCCCGGUCCAAGCUGAAAAUCCUGAUUUUUCAAGGAAAUGAAUGCAAUGUGCUCCUGAGAGCCCCAAAUAUCUCAUCACUAUGUUUUCAGAGAUUUUAUAAAUAUUGUGUUUUGACCUUUACUCGUUCAUUUCCAGCUUCAUUCUGGGUUGCCUUAAAAUGUGAACUAAAACAUACAUGAAAAUAGUUUUAGUGCUCAUAGAGCUACAGUAUAUUCUACUUAACUGUUCUGAAAUAUCCAAUAAAAGUACAUCUUUGAAGCUUCUUCGCAAACAAAUUAGCUGUUGUGUUUCACUGUGGAUUUAGACUCUGUGUGCCCAGGUUAUGUCACUGUGAUUUAGUGCUUGUGUUAGUUUUAAAAAUGUGCCAGAAACCCGCACCCUCCUCUGAAACUCUAAAUUAUGUUUUGACGUUAUGGGGCUCAGUCAUGCUGAAGACCUUGGGCAGAUGAGCUAUUUUUUUGUCUCUUGUGCGCCCACUGAAACAUGCCAGGAGAGGAACAUAUACCUUUGUUAUAGGAGGAAAAUUUUACUUUUUUCCCUGUUUAUACUUAAAAGUGUGUUGUAUGUUUUGCUCUUUUUGCAAAGGGGCCAUGUUUGAUGACUUUAUCAAUAGAACAUCUGAGUAAAUGUUAAGAUUU